AUGCUUCUCCACAGCAUUGCCACACUCGCCGUAGGCAUCAGCAGCCUCUUCGGCGUUGCGACGGCCUUCACCAACCCCAUCAGGAACCCUGGCGGUGCCGAUCCCCAAGUCACCUGGUCCGGAGGCUACUACUAUCUUGUGUCUACCGAGUGGACAAACCUUCAAAUCUCUCGUGCUGAGACAAUUGAUGGCCUCAAGACCGCUCAGCCCAAGGUCAUUUACACCGACAGCAAUAGCUCGCGAUGCUGCAAUGUUUGGGCACCGGAGAUUCACUAUUUUGACGGAAACUGGUAUCUCUACUACACCGCAGGCAGCAGUGCCAAUCUGGACCUCCAACGAUCACACGUCUUGAAGGGUGGUGCUACUCCGUGGGAUGAGUGGUCCUAUGCGGGCCAGAUCGCCCCUGACUGGGGAAUUGACGGCACCGUCGUCCGUUUCAAUGACUGGGGAAACUACUUCGUGUACUCUUGCAUGACUGGCGUUGCCCAUCAGUCAACGUGCGUGCGCAAGCUUGGAAGCGACUACGUCACGGCUGGUGAUCUCACCAUCAUUUCCCAGCCAGACCAGAGCUGGGAGCAGAGCGAGGUCCCAGUUCAAGAAGGACCGAAUGCUCUUUACUUCGGGGGCAAGACCUACAUUGCGUACUCGGCAAACUACUGCUGGACUGCCGACUACUGUGUUGCCCUCCUGGAGUGGACCGGUGGCGACCCUGCUCUCGCCUCUUCCUGGACCAAGUCGAACGGCUGUGUGCUCAAGAGCGGCAAUGGGAACUACGGAACGGGUCACAAUUCCUUCUUUACCAGCCCUGAUGGCAGCGAAACUUGGAUCACCUUCCAUGCUGCGUCUGCCUCGUCAGGAGCUUGCGAUGAUACGAGAUAUGCCAUGGUACAGCCUUUGACUGCCAACUCGGAUGGGUCUCCCAACUUUGGCGCCGCUCAGAGUUUCUCUUAUGAGUGGCCUGAGCCAAGUAGGUAG